AUGGUGUUUGGUAUCUCAGAGUGCUUGGAACCACCGGCCAUGUACGCUGCUGUCGACGCAGCCUCAGCGACACCCGGCCACGGGCCCGUGUACACCAGUGUCACCUCCAAGGAAGCCUUGCCCACGACCAUGACGUUGGUCGAGAGCCUUGCCAAGACCGUUGCCACGUAUCCGGACCGGCCUUUCGUCGGGCAUCGGCCACUGGACGCCAACAACGUCGCUGGCCCGUAUACGUGGCAAACCUACGCUGAGUGCGCCACACGUAUCCAAAACUUUGGGUCCGGGCUCGUUACGCACAAUAUGCUGGAGCCGACCGACGACGGCCACAAGUUCCUCGGCAUUUACAUGAAGAACCGACCCGAGUGGGUGCUUUCGCAGUACGCUGCGUACCACGCCGGCGCGGCGGUCGUGCCCAUCUACGACACACUCGGUGUCACCUCCACCGCGUACAUCCUCAACCAAACCGGCGUGACCACUGUCGUCUGCACCUCCGCCGAGCUCGAGAAUUUGCUCGCAAAAGCCACGUCGACGACCACGUUGCGCCACGUCAUUCUGGCCGAUGUCACGACGCUCGAGGCGGCGAUGGCCGAGCGCGCAUCGGCGGCGGGGCUUCGGCUCUGGACGCUGCUCGAAAUUGAAGCCGCCGGUGCGUCGACGCCCGCGGCGACGGUUCGUGUUUCGGACGUUUGCGUGCUCAUGUACACGAGUGGCACGACCGGCGAUCCCAAGGGCGCAAUGAUCACUCACGGUAGCCUCAACGCAGCGUGUCACGGCAUGCUGGAGCGGUUCUGCAUGUCGCCGUCCGUGGCCGCCAUGUUGAAGGCGAGUCCAAGUGUGCUCUCCUUUUUGCCGCUCGCGCACGUUGCCGAGCAGGCGCUGGAAGCCACUAUGAUUGUCCUUGGCGGUGCCAUUGGUUUCUAUCAAGGCAACACGCUCAAGCUGCUCGAGGACGUCCAGGCGCUGCGCCCGACGCUCUUCCUCGGAGUUCCCCGCCUCCUGAAUAAGAUUCACGACAAGGUGACCGAAGGCGCGGCGGCCGCCGGCGGCAUCAAGGCCUGGCUCUUCCAGACCGCGCUCAACACCAAGCUCGCCAACCUCGCCUAUGGCCAGACGUCGCACGCCAUCUACGACGCGCUCAUCUUCUCCGCGCUCAAAGCCAAAUUGGGUCUCGAUCGAUGCGAGCUCUUGGUGACGGGCGCGGCGCCGCUCCCGGCGCACGUGCUCUCGUUCUUCCGCGUACUUUUGAACUGCACGUGCACAGAGCUGUACGGCAUGACAGAGGCGACGAGCGCCACCAAUAUGACCGACUACCGCGAUCUCGAUGCUGGCACCGUGGGGCCGCCUUUGAUCUCGGCCGACGUCAAGCUUGUCUCUGUGCCCGACAUGGGGUAUAACGUCACCGACACAGUGCAUGGUGAAGGCGACGCGGCCAUUGCGGUCAAGGGUCGUGGCGAAGUUUGUAUUCGCGGCCCGACCGUCUUUUCUGGGUACUUCAAGGCCCCCGAGAAGACAAAGGAGGCGAUCGACGAAGACGGCUGGCUGCAUUCGGGCGACAUUGGCGUCUGGACGACCGACGGCCGACUCAAGCUCGUCGACCGCAAGAAGAACAUCUUCAAGCUCUCCCAAGGCGACGGCGACGUCGUCGCGGGCAAGCAGGUCAUGCAGCACUAACUUUUAUGCAGCAAAUAGAUAGACAACUGCAUUUGGCUUGUAGUGUCCGUCGCGCAGUGAUAUCCAAAAGGUUAGCAAUCACUGUACAAAGGAGAUAAGGUUAGAUAAGGUUAAUAGUAGUUGAGCGCCACGUGCUGCUGG